AUGAUAUUUUUAUCAACGUCUUUGUCUUUUAUAGCAAUUAUCACAUCAGUAGAAUGCAGUUAUUAUAACGAUGCCUGUAGUGUUGAUGAUAAUAGUGAAUGUGAUACGAAUACCGCUAAAUGUGUUUGCAAAACUGGAUUUUCAGUUACUGGAAUUAAUUGUGAACCAAUUAUCACAUCGGUAGAUUGCAGUUAUGAUAACAAUGCCUGUAGUGUUGAUGGUAAUAGUGAAUGUGAUACGAAUACCGCUAAAUGUGUUUGCAAAACUGGAUUUUCAGUUACUGGAAUUAAAUGUGAACAUAUAGAUGAAUGCACUGCAAAUAUUGACAACUGUGACGAUACCAAUGGCGGCUGCACAAACACUGCAGGAUCAUUUACUUGCUCGUGUAACGCUGGAUUUAACAUUGAGGCUGAUGGUGUUACAUGCACAGAUAUAGAUGAAUGUACUGCAAAUACCGACAACUGUGACGAUACAAAUGGCGGAUGCACGAACAUUGCAGGAUCAUUUACUUGUUCGUGCAACGCUGGAUAUGAACUUAAGACUGAUGGUUUUACAUGCACAGAUAUAGACGAGUGUGGUACAUAUACAAACGUCUGUGGCCUUUCUGAUGGACUUUGUACCAAUACUGAUGGAUCGUUUACCUGUUCAUGUAACACUGGAUAUAUACUUUAUAAUAAUUCAUGUACAGAGCCACCAAGUACACCGAGAGGUUUUACAAUAGAUUAUAUUCAGUAUAAUAAAGCCCGUUUAUCGUGGUUACCUGGCAACAAUAGAGGGUUGACACAAACGUUUGUUAUACAGUUAGGAACUGGUGAAAGGUCCUGGGAAGAUACAGAAGUGCAAGAUAAAGUCGAACAAAAUGAUCAACCAAUUUCUAAAAUUCUGACAGGGCUUAGGGAUUCUACAACAUACUUUGUACGAAUGUACGCAUAUAACGACGUUGGAAAUAGUCCGCUUUCGGAAAUUCUCAUUUUUACUACGUCACCUAUCAAAGUUGAAACAGAAACUAAAACUACAACUACAUUAAUCGUGGGCAUUGUCUUAAGUGUAAUGGUAGUUGUAGUUAUAUCGUAUGCGAUUUAUGUUACAAUCCAACUGAAAAGAAUGCGAGACUCUGUCCAGAAGGAUGGUCGCGCACAGAAAAAAGACAGUCAAGUGAGUGUACAUAUCGAAGACUCUACAAAUAUUCCUGACAGUGGAGGGUAUGAAAAUCCAUAUACUGACCUCAGGACAGAAAUGAGGGAUUCAAGGUCUCCAUACGAAGCCAUAUCAACUAUGUAAAGGAAUCAUCGACAGAAAUGUUUCACUUAGAUAUAAAAUUUUAGCUCGUAUAUUCAAGUCGAGCACAAUAUAUUUUGUACAUAAAGAGAAAAAUGUAGCAAUAUAUUCAGCUAAAUCUAUCCUUUUUGUGUAAACAUUUUGAAUGAUAAGCAAGGUUAUAAUGAAUUUAGUGGGAAAGUGUUUUAUUACAACUGUUUUGUUUUAUUUUCUAAAAUUUUAGAUAUAUACUAUGCUCCUCUUUGGGUAAAAUGCUUUUAUUGCCGAAAUUUAAAGUGAGAGUAAACAAUCUGAAAAGGGAUAAUCCCUCAGAUGCAUUGACAACAACAAUAAAACACAACAACUUUUGGCCUAUUUGAAAGAACUGUUCAUUAGAGAUAAUGUAAAAGGUGCAACAUUCAUCACGCCCUAUAGUACCGGCUUAAGCGUUUUUCAAUCUUUACAAUUACAUGAGAGAAUUUAUGACCUCGAAGGACAAGAAAAAUACAACAGCAAGAACUUAGAUAAGGUUAGUUGUAUGAAAGUACAUGUGUGGUAUUAUUGUGAAGCUUACGGAAGCGCCUUCCUUUUUGGAAUGCUGUGGGUUUUUGGAGAUGAUUCAUCAUUUUGGGGGGGGGGGGGGCAGUGAUUGUUAAAAAGAAACGUCAUUGACAUAUCAUGCUUUAAUAGCCCGUAAAUAAUUAUUAAUAAUGUUAUUUUAUCAUACGAAUAUCAUACGAAUUUUUUUAUUAAUAUUUACAAGAUAUGAUAUCAGAAAAAACAAUUGUUAUUUGUUUAAAAUGAUUUCUCCGCAAAGAUUAAAGCUUGUUAACAUGUAAUAAUUGGAUUGGCAUCAUAUUGGCAAUCAAUUUAAAUUACACACGACUGCAUAUUGCCUAUUGCAAAAAUAAUUGGCAUCACAUUGUAUAAACAGUUUGUUUUCAUAUAGGUUUAUCA